AUGGAAGGCAGUUUGCCACAUCGCCAACUUCAUGUGCUUCUGACACUACUCGACGGUGAACAUUCAUUUGGAAUGUCUUUGGCUCAAAAAUGUUCAGUUCUUGGGCUUAAGUACACGGUAGUAUCCAGUGUCUUUGCCAACUCACCUGCUGAUCGCGCUGGCGUUCGCAAAGGAUAUGUGCUGCGCUCUGUGAAUGACACGCCAGUAGGUGGCCUGACAGUUGCGCAGGUUGCCAAUUACUUCCGUAAUGUCGGUCAGACAAGAAUUACGCUUGAGAUUGUAGGGAAGCCGACAUUUACAUCGAAAACGACGACUUGCUCGAGAGUUGAGCAAUUGUUAAAACUACCAGGUGCUGCUCCGUCUGGAAGAGCUAUUGCGGCACCUGGUUCGGCGUUAGUAGUCCCAAGAGAUGCUUUAACUCAGCAGUCAAUGCCAAGACGUCCUGUAAAGUCUGCUGCCAAAGCACUGGCAUUGCAGCGACAUAGUGAUGAGAUUUACUCUGCAGCUGCUUGUGUUCCGGAUCGUGCUGACCCAAAAUACGAUAGCACGGGUAGGAUACAUCGCAUCGGACUUCAAGCGAUAGAUGUGAACCCUAACAAAGCAGAAGAAAAAGCUUUGGUGUCUGUAAUCGACGUCGAGUUGACAUCCGAGUGCAUGGCCAGUAAACCAUCGUCGCUUCAUCCAACAUUACUACAAAAGUCUGAUCUGGCAAAUGUCGCUUCUCAAGAACGUGUCGUUGCAGAUGUACAGCUAGAAAUUUCAGUACCUUCGACAGAUUUUUUACACGCUUCACUAAGCGCAACGUCUAGACCACCUAUCAAGACAUCGUCGAAUUGUGAAGCUCCCACUUCGGAUGCAAAGAGGCCUAGCACAUUAUUGAUAUCACAUUCCGCUCGGUCGAAUGAUACUGCUCUGAUGGCCCCCUCAGAGAACGCUGCGUCGAAAACUACAGACCAUUUCUUACCGUCUCUUACGGCUAAACCAUUAACAAAUCCACAGAGAAAACCUACGAUAUCGCUAGGAGAGACCGUCGUUCCUUCAACACUGGAAAUGGAUUCAAACUCCCCAAGACUCGAAUCAUUGUCAUCAAUCCCAUGCAAAAUUGAACUUGUGUCGCCAGCAGUCCAUCGACCAACACUAGCAAUAGAGUCAUUAAACAAGCCAUCGAUAUCGCCUAGACAAGUUGCUAUCAUGCCUUCAGCCGCCAUGGGAAGAGAUGCAGCGUCAACUUCUGAAAAGCUAACAGUAGCUGAAGCAGCACUCGAUGCAGCACAACCACACAGCUCUGUGAAAAAAUGUAUAAAGCGUCGAAGAAGUCGUAAACACUCUGUGGCGUCAAAUGACUCAAUCGAUGACAAAGCUAGCAAAAAAACGAAAACUUUAUAUCUUUCUGACGAAAGAGACGAUAUCAGCAGCAGCGACGAGACGGUGGAGCCAGAUGCGUUUUCGUCUGACUCGGACGAAAAUAUUCCAUCACCCAAGAGUGAUCUACGCAAGGUGCGACGCUGUGACCGUCCUCGAAAUAGCCUUACGAUCGACCGUUUAAUCGGAAUGGGCUUUGCACGGGUAGAUGCUGAGGCUAGUGUGGAAAAGUUUGGCAACGAUCCUGAUGCUUGUAUGGUCUGGAUCAUUUCAAAAAUUGAAGAAAGACAGUUUAAUGAAGACCUGAAUCGAGCAUCUAUACAGUCGGAACAGUCGAAACGGGAAGAAGAGAAGCGAGUUAAGACACUAGAAAAAGAAAAGCUUGCGUGCUCCACCAAAUUCAUGGCCGUAUUUCCGACUUCUUACAUGAUAUGUUCUGAAUCAAGUGCGCUAAACCUGAAGACAUUGCUUCAGUCGACAAUAGAUCAAAUACAUGGAAAGGCUUAUAUUCGUGAUAUUCUAACCCAGCUCUUAACACUCGAAGGAAAAUCGAUUCGAUGGUAUAAGGAAGCAGCUAGGUCGUACAUGCUCGAGCUUGCUAAUAGGCUGGACAUUGAGCUACGUUCGCACGAUGUAGUGGCUUGCUGUGCUCAAAAUGUUACGAAGUCCCGAGAUAAUUUAUGCACUUUUGUACGAAAAGUAGUGGAAGAAGUGGAAACGUUGACGAAGGCUCUAUACGAAAUGCCUACAAACCAGGGGGGAGUACCUCCAGUAUUUCUUGAAUGUGAUGAAACGACAAAAUUCGAUCUGGAAAAUGAUGGUUUUGAAGUCAUCGAAUGA